AUGGAAGAGGAAGAUUCUUUGUCGUUGAUUUCACUAGAUGUUGAAUCUGUUUCCUCUGGAAACGAGGAGUCAAUUUCGAGGGUCUCCAUCGCUGUGGACACAAGCGUAACGGAUUUCCAAGUUGUUUCUUCGAUUCCUGGAGCCAGUGUCUAUCCUUGUGCCCUUCUUGCCUUGUUUUCUAGAGAAGCUGGAGUUGUAUACAUUGCUGAAGUAUUAACUGGUCGUUGCAUCUCGCAAUUCGAGUUCGAGCAGCCCUCCCCCCUGUUGGGUUUAAUCUCAGCACCGAGUGAUAGCAGCGCUCUUUUCGCUCUACUGACUCGUCAACGUGGAAUCUAUGGGGUGGUCGGUGAAGAUCCCUGCCUCCCCUCCCUCGCUUGCCUUCAAUUUACUUCGAAUUGUUUCUCCGAUCCCGAUCAACUGCUUAAAGCUCUUACAAAGAUUGCUGCUGUUCUUUGGAUGGGUUAUGAAGACGAGGCAGGUGUGCUGAUUAACGACCUAUUUGCCCAGCCGAAUAAGAUCAAGAGUGGCGUCCUAUUGACAGCUUUCUUACGCCUAGCAAAGUGCAUUCUCAAUUCUCGUCCAAUCAGUAGUCUGGAUGCUCGGUGGCGUGGGUUGUAUCGUCAUGGGAGCAAAGCAGUUAGUUCGUCAUCAGCUUUAUCUCUCACUUUAUACCAUCUUCGGCUCUAUGGAUUAACUAGUGAACUGGUCAUUUACUUCUACGUUCAGGGCGACCUAUCGAUUUAUAAGGUGAUUAUCACCAUCCCUCCUCGUUUUAUCUCCUCUUUCAGUGUAAUGUCCUUUGACUUUGCCCGAGGGCGUGGUGACUCCCGUUUUGUCGCCAAGCAGGAGGGAAUGCAAUGCCUGGGUGGUCGUCUCUGGCCCGCAAUUGAGUCAGUCGCUCCGAAAAUUAACGGAGCUCUCGAUGCUGCCUCUCUCUUUGCAGAAGUCUUUCCUCCUCAUCUCGCCCAUAUGGUGGAGGCAAGUGGCAGCCGGUGUCAUGUGUUAAAUGCAUUCCUUGCGGGAGCUGAGGUCUGUGAAAUCGCGAGGGUUUUGCAUUCCCGUUGGUGUCGGCUGAAGCAGAAUGAUCUUUUGAAGCCUGUCUUCAAAGCUUCAGUGGAAGCAGCUAUGCAAGCUGGGGUUAUCGAUAAAAAUAUUGCUGGAAGCAAUCUUCUCUCCUCUGAGGAUAUCUUCUUCCAAACU